UCCCUAACUGAAGAACCUGCCCAUCAAUAAGACAAUUUUUGUUUAUCCUUUCUCUUUAAGUUUCUUUCACCCAGCAGUUCUUCUUUAUUUUUCAACCCUUGUUAUUUCCCUUUUUGCUUUAUUAACUUUCUUCUUCAUGCUCUGUUGUAUCUUCUCAUUUUCUAAUGAGCAAAAUUAUUCUGGAAAAUAGAAAUUCUUCUUAAAUUCUAGUAAAUUCAACUAUUGACUUUAAGAAAUUUGUAGAUUUUAAUUUAAAUUUUCCAAAAAUUGAACUUGAAUUUUGAAUCAAUUUCAAAUUUUAAAGAAACAAUUUCAAAAUCCAAAGACCACAAGAAAAAUCAAUAAAUUAUUUCAUAAUUGAAUUAUUGAAAUAAUUUCACUCAAUGUCACACAUUUAACAUUCUCCAAUGCUCAUUUCCGAUAACUUUCUGUCACACAGUUCAAACUCGUCCAUUUGUUAUUCUCUCCAUUUACUGCAAUUCAUUCUGCUCUCUGAUUGGUUGGAAGUUUUCUUCGUUUCUCAAUCCUCUCUUCAUACUGGCCGAAAGUGCAUAUAAAGAACGAUGGACUAAACUGUUUUUGGUCAUUUCAUAAAAAGUUGUAAAAGAGUUAAGUGAACAAGAAAUUUUUGGACACAAAAAUAAAAAGAGUGAAAAAAACCUAAUUAUUGAAAAAAAAUAUAAUUUGGAUUACUUAUUAAAAACAUAAAUUGCAUCAGAAAAAUACAAGAAUAAAUUUCAAAAGUGAUCGAAAAUGAUGACACAAUUCAUGAUGGAUUUAAAAAAUGAACCAAUCCAAAGCCUCUUGCGAAACAUGAAGUCAACCUACGAAUAUUCCUUCCACCAACAUCAACUUCUCUCAGCUGCAGCCAUGGUUCGUCAAGUUCCAGAAGAAAGCGCAUUAGACUUAACCAGCAAAAGACGUGAUUCAGUUGAAUCAGAAACUAGAAAAACGACAUCGCCCUCAAGUUUUGAAGAAUCACCAAAUCACUAUCAACCGUCUCAAUAUCUACUCCACAAUCAUUUGGUUAAAUUAACACCAGAACAUACUGCACAAUAUCCACAACAUCACUACACAUAUGAGCAUUCAUCACCUUCGACGACCACAGUACUUAAAAAUUCACCGCUUCAACUCUUUGAGAAAUUCGAUGGAAUGCCAAUAAUUAGAAAAUUAGAAAAUAUUUCACCGCCAAUCAAUGACAAUCAUAAUCACAACCAUUUUGUCACAAGAUCACCAAAUCAAAUGUACGAAAGAUAUGAAAAUACAGAAAAGCCAUGCUCACCUCCACAUGAUCAUGAAGACAGCAGUGAUGUCCCAAAUGGAACAAUCUCAAAUAUUUCAUCGUCAAGUUCUGUCGCAUCUUCACAAAAAUCACCAACAUCUUCAUCGAACUCAUCAAUGAUGGUUGUUGGACGUGAUGGAAAGUUAUCAAGGCCAUUUAAAGCUUAUCCAAAAGAUCCACUUAGUCUUGCUGCUGCUGGUUCAAUUCUUGAUCAAGCUUCUGCUGAAAAAUAUGCAGUCUUCAGGAAGAGAAUGCUUGAGCAGAUUCAUGCUGCGAAUGGUGGAAAUCCAGUUAUUAAUAAUCCAAAAAUGAGAAGAAUUUCGACAAAAGGAAGCAGUCCUGAAGCUAAUAACAAUGAGCCUGCAUUCACAGCCACAGAAAAGAUUCAAGAAAGUUUAAAUAUUUCUAAAUCAAGCAAUGGAUAUGAGAGAGAUGACGCAUAUUUUGAACGACGCAAGAAAAAUAAUGCAGCAGCUAAGAAGUCACGCGAUAGACGAAGAAUUAAGGAAGAUGAAAUUGCAAUUCGUGCAGCAUUCCUUGAACGUGAAAAUAUUGAAUUAAAGUUUGAACUUGCAGCAGCUAGAAAACAAUUAGCAAUUUAUGGUGUGCAAGCUGGAAUCGCUACUUCAUAAGACAUUUUAUUGAUUUAGAAUAUUUAAUUUUUUAAUAAUUUUCAAAUUUUUGAGAAUUCAGGGAAUGUUUAUAGUAAGACUGAUUGCGUGAUAAGCUUUAAUCAAAUUUUUUUGUAAGAUUGAUUAAAAAUUUGUAAAUUUUAAUGAGGAUUGAGGAAGAAAAUAUUGUACAAAGAGUUUAUAAGAUAGGAUUAAGCAUGAUAAUUAAUAAAACAUUUAUAAUAUUUUUAA